GUCAGUCUCUUGCUACAGGGGAUUCUCAUUACUGUCUCUUUGGUGUGCUGGAGAGAGGUUGGGGUGGGUUCCAGCUGGAGGUCACUCUGUGGAGGGGGGUGACAUCAGUUAGAGAGAGAGGCACAGGGGGAGAGUUGUAGGGUACAGACACCCCACCGACAAAACUUCCCUUCAAACAUAUUCUGGGACUGCAGAGCCGAGGGAGAACUGCAGCUGGAUCAGCACGGAUCAACUGGGUCCAGCUUUGAUGGUGUCUCUUCAACCGCCUUUUUCAUGUUAGAGGUGACCACAACUGCUGAUGCUCUCACGACUCCAACUAUCUGCAAACUGCCCCCCUAAUCUCAUUGGUGAGUCCUGAAUGAGAACACGUCCACUGGUCAUGAUGGACAUCUGUAAGUGAUUCCAACUGAUCCAGCUGGGAGCUCCAUGGGCACUAACACUGAGUUCUAACACACAGGCACUGGGACCUGGAGAGAAAACAUAUGUGAGAUUUGGAGAGACAACAUCUCUGAGGUUUAGAGAGACAGCAGCUCUGAGGUUUGGGGAGACCACUCUGACCAAUGUGGACAAGGUUGGAGAAGGGAGAGCACUAAGUAUCUGAUGUAAAGGUGAGUGGGGAAGGCAGACUAUCACACUUAAAGAGACUCUGGAGGGACCUGAUUGGUGGAACUAAGUCCACAUAAAAGUCCUGUGGAUCUGUUUGAAGCCAGGAGGAACCACCAGGGAGCAUAUUCAGGCUCUACUGGAGCUGGAGACCUUCCUCUGAUCUUUAUGAAGAUAUACUGACCACUUGGGACCUCACUCCGAUCUGUAUGAGGAGCUACAGUACACUGGAGACCUCACGCUACAGCAGGAUAUAGUGACCACUGGAGAUGUCCCACUGAUCCAUAUGAAGAUAUAGUGCCAACUGGAGAUGUUCCACUGAUCCUUAUGAAGAUAUAGUGCCAACUGGAGAGGUCCGUUGGUCUGUCUGUGGAUAUAGAGAGCGCUGGAGGUGGCUCUGAUUCCUGCAUGUUUAUAGUAACCAGUGAGGAAGGCCCAUUUUGGAUCAGAACCAUUGAUAUCUUGCUGAGGAAAGCUGCGUCUGUGCUGGGAACUGAAGGAUCUCUGUAUUUGAGGCGGUUGAUCUGCUGAUUCUCAGCCCUGAAAAUGGGCAUCAGGACUAUGUUGCUCCUCAUCAGCUGUUUAAUCUCUGUAAAUAUUUGGGGGGCUCACACCACAAACUUCCCCUCCCACAAUAACCUUUAUACAGGGGGAGCUGCCCCACAAACCCAAGUGAUGACUGUACAAGGGGUAACUCAGAAUAAACUUCGGGCAGCCAGCAGGCACAGGAACUGGUGCACAUAUGUGGUGACCCGGACUGUCAGCUGUUUGGUGGAGGAUGGAGCCGAGGCCUAUGUGAAGCCGGAAUAUCAACCCUGCACCUGGGGGCAGAUUCAGUGUCCACGUUCUGUCCUGUACCGCAGCUACAUGAAACCACGCUACAAAGUGGCUUACAAGACAGUGUCGGACAUGGAGUGGAAGUGCUGUCAUGGCUACUCUGGAGACAACUGUAUGGACGGCCCAACAGGAAUUGUGCAAAUAACUACCUCCAAGCCAAGGUCCAAGCCUGUGAGGCCAAACAUGUCUGGGUCCAGUGGUGGGAACUCACCGAGUGGCUCUAGAGGAGAAACUCCAGGGCAUGGGGACUCAGAAAAGGUGAAGCAGCUUGAAGACAAGGUCCAGCAGUUAAGCAAGGAGCUGCAGAGCUUGCAAUCCACCAUGCAAGGGCUGCAUGAGAAGUACCAAUCAGAGAUCCUACUGACUGUGGAGACUGCCCUGAAUGGGAAACAACUGUUAGAUUCAGUUCCAGGGCAGCCUGGCAUGAAGGAGACCCUUAAUCAUAUACAGAGGCAACUGACAGUGCUCGACAACAGAAUCACCUCUCAGGAGCUAGACAAUCUGAAUAAUAAAAACGAUAAACAUCCGGGUAUUACCAACAAUACAAUAACCCAGAAGCUUACAGACCUAAGGGUAGAUAUCCUGAAGGAAGUGGAGAGAAGGAUGCAACAGUCCUGCUCCGCUUGCCUAUCAGGGGUGGAAGGGUUCGGGAACCAGCAGAACGAGGACAGGGAUCGUAUAAGAGGCAUGGAGAAACUCAUCAACUCUAUAGAUCAAAGCAACAGAGAGGCCAUCCAAAGGAUGCAAGGGCAUAUGGUGGAGGUUUCCAAUCAGCUGCCCAAGGACUGCUGUGCUGAUGUUGCUGAUCUUCACAGAAAAGUUGAUGGCAUGGAAACGAAGGCCGAGACUCUCUCUGGUUCAGUCAUUGAGCUAACUGUGCGCAUGGACAACCAGUUGGGUGACAAUGUAGGAAACUCUAUAAAGGGUCAAAACCUGAACAACCGUCUAGAAUACAUAGAGGGCAGAAUGAACACCACUCAAAGAAGCCUAGAGGACCAAUAUUUUCAUUACAGGAAUGAUCUACAAAAUUACUUGCAAGAAGAAAUUCAGAAACUGAGGAUUGAUUUGGAAGACCGCAUUACUAAUAAUGAGGAAAAAAUAAAUAUUCUUCUGUCUGAACUGGUGAACAACUCAGCAGACUCAGUAGGUCAGACCAUGACCAACUUAGUACUGGAUAUAGAGUCCCUCAAGAACAUGCAGGGGAGGAACGAAGGGGUCCUUGAUGAUGUUGUCCAGGACAUGGAAAAUCUAAUGAAACAGGUAACAAACACAGCCAAGAGUUGUGCCGAUCAGUGCCGCAGCGGAAGUUCUGAGGUGAAGAACUCGGUCAAUGAAAUAGAGAAGAGAGUCAAGGCCAAUGAAGAUAAGAUUCGUUUAAUCACUUCUGAGAUCACAGACCUACAGCUGUCUGGAAACUCCCUACAAGACACCCUUACAGGCUUAGAGGAUGAGCUGACAGAUGUCAAGGCCUUAGUGGAUGCCAAUGCAGAGUCUCUGAUCAAAAUGUCUUCUGACGUGAGUGAAACAUACAGCAGAGAUAUUUCCCACUAUCAGAACAAGACCAAUGGAAAGAUGGUUGAUCUGGAAAACAGCAUAAAGUCCCUUACUAGGAUGAUACAGUUUGAUUACAAGAGUUGUGGGCAGGUAUGCUCCAAUCUGCAGGAGGAAGUUGGAAAACUAAAAGAGCAGGUGGCCGAAUGUACAGGCGUUUGCCAUCUUAUUCAGAAGAAAACAGAGGAGGGUAAAGAACAGUCUGGCUCCAGUAAGACUUUAGAUGGUUUUAGUGUGUUUGGAGGAAGCUCUAACGUCGAUCUUAAAUCAAUGCAAGGAGAGCUAUCUAACAUUAUUGUGUCAUUUAGCUCCAUAAACGAUACCAUUAAAGACCUUCAGGAGACAAUUGGGAAGCACCAUACAGACAUCCUUGAGUUGGGAACCACCAAAGACAAAAUAAUCACCAAGAUCAAUAAGAUCCAAGAAGAGGUUACGGAGCACCUAGGGGACAACACAGAGAAUUUUGCUAAUGUUCACAAAGAGAUUGAAAAGUUUCAGACCACUGUGUUGGAAGAGACACAAGAUUGUCGACAGUCUGCCAGCGGCCUGGAGGACAGAGUCUCCAAGCUGGAGAACAUCUGUGUGAAGCUUGAUACAGUAGCAGGGAGCUUGCACAAGAUAAAGGAAAACCUAAACAAACAUGUAUCUGGGCUGUGGAACUGUGUUCAGGAGGUCAAUAGCACCUUGCGCACUCACAGCUCUUGGUUUGAGAAACUCCACAACAGCCAACUGAAUGGAAUCCACAAGAGGAUCAACACGCUGAACAGCUCUAUGUUGGUUCUGUCCACUGAGUUCCAGAACUUCACUCUCCAAGACUUUAUGGGACUCCCUGGACUUCCUGGGCCUCCUGGUCCUCAGGGAAAACAAGGAGUUUCAGGUCCACAAGGUCCUCCUGGACCCCCAGGAAAAGAUGGUGCCCAAGGCAAACAAGGCCCAGUGGGACCCCCAGGCCUGCGAGGAGAACAAGGUCAAAUAGGGGAGUCAGCCAGUGUCCCACACAUUGCCUUCUCUGCUGCACUUACCUACCCACAACUGGAUCCUGGAACCAUUGUCUUUGAUAAGGUCCUGGUAAAUGAUGGCGACGCUUAUGAUCCGGCUACUGGUAUCUUCACAGCUCCGCUGAACGGCCGUUACUUUAUCAGCUGCAUCCUGACUGGGUACCAGAAUGAGAAGCUGGAAGCGGUGCUGUCCAAGUCCAACUUUGGCAUUGCCCGUACAGAUUCAGCAGGGUAUGAGCCAGAGGGCCUGGAGAAACCCCUUGUGGAGAACAAGACCACCCCUGGGUCAUUAGGGAUCUUCAAUAUCAUUCUACAGCUGAAUGCCGGAGACACUGUCUGUAUAGACUUGGUCAUGGGCAGAGUGGGGAAUUCAGGUGAACCCCUGACUGUAUUCAGUGGCAUCUUACUCUACGAGGAAGAGGAGUUCUAACACAUGAGACCAUAUAGGCUGGUACCUUCUCCUUUGCUAGAGGGGAUGGCACAAGGAGCCAUUGAUACCAUCACUGAGUGACAGGGACGGGGGGGGGGGGUCCCAAAGAGAAAUGCUGCCCUUUGUAAAUGGCUUUUUACCCCCAGUGUUUUUAAUUUGAAUUUUCUUAUAUCAGUGAGAACAAAGAAAGCCAGAAUGUUCUAUGGGGGAGGGAAACACAGUAACAGGGGAAUAGGAAGUGCCUACUCACACAUAUCGGCAUCCUAUGGCACAUUGGGUAGAUAAAUGGGGGAGGUGGGGGUGGGUAGCAGAAAAGCAAUGUUUUAGGGUAACUUAUCAGUGUUGAGUGCUUGGCACAUGCAUUCACAGCCUGGCUGAUAUACAUCACUGCUUCUCUGCUUUGCCCAUGGGGCUUCCAAAGACUCUGAGAUGGAGGUACCCAAUGCCCAACACAAUGGGCACUGAGAAGUGGGGCUGAGGACAUAGCACCCAUUUACUGUAUGGAAUUUCUUCUGGACUGAUCACAGAUCUGCAGACAGAACACAAGUGGGCCAAGCACAGGAAAUAACAGAGCCACCCGGUGUACUGGGUCCGUGUUUUGGAUUUGAUGGGUGCUCAUUUGAUGUAAAAAGAGAUAACAUCAUCCAGAAAGAAUCCAAGUUCCCCACACCAGCCACCCAUCAAGAGCCACCCAUGACUUGUGAGAGUUUAGGGGAAAGAGCACAUAAAGCAUAACUGCUUCACCAGAAUAUUCUUUUAUUAAAAAAACUAAAUCCUUCAAUGUCCGCUAAUAAAGAUCCAAAGUUC